UUGUGACAUAUUACAGGUCAGAAAUCAUUUUUCGUGUUGUUUUGAAAGACGGGGGUUUUGAGGACGAACUGCGUGGACUGUCUGGAUCGGACCAACACCGCUCAGUUCAUGGUGGGUAAAUGUGCUCUGGCGUAUCAGCUCUACGCUCUCGGGAUGAUCGACAAACCCAAGCUUCAGUUCGACACGGACUGCAUCAGGUUGUUUGAGGAGCUGUACGAGGAUCACGGCGACACGCUGUCUUUACAGUACGGAGGAUCUCAGCUGGUGCAUCGGGUGAAGACGUACCGUAAGAUCGCGCCCUGGACGCAGCACUCCAAAGACAUCAUGCAGACGCUCUCCCGUUACUAUAGCAACGCCUUCUCAGGUAAACACCUGGAUGCUGCUUUCAUGCUGUG